CCCGCCCCGUUGGCUUCUGCAGGGCAGCGCAUCGUGAACCGGCUGCGAGCUUCCUUGUUCUCCUCCGUCCUGAGGCAGGAGGUGGCUUUCUUUGACAAGACCCGCACGGGCGAGCUGAUCAACCGCCUCUCGUCGGACACGGCGCUCCUGGGCCGCUCGGUGACCGAAAACCUCUCGGACGGGCUCCGGGCCGGGGCCCAGGCCUCGGUCGGGAUCGGCAUGAUGUUUUUUGUCUCGCCGCAUCUGGCCACUUUCGUUUUGAGUGUGGUGCCUCCAAUAUCCAUCCUUGCCGUGAUUUAUGGACGGUACCUCCGGAAACUAACCAAGCUCACUCAGGACUCCCUGGCACAAGCCACGCAGCUAGCCGAGGAACGCAUCGGAAACAUCAGAACCGUUCGAGCUUUCGGGAAAGAGAUGACUGAAAUCGAGAAAUACACCAGCAAAGUGGACUUCGUGAUGCAGUUAGCAAGGAAAGAGGCGAUCGCUCGGGCGGGCUUCUUCGGAGCAACCGGGCUCUCUGGGAACCUGAUCGUGCUCUCCGUGCUGUACAAAGGCGGGCUGCUGAUGGGCAGCGCCCACAUGACCGUGGGCGAGCUCUCUUCCUUCCUCAUGUACGCUUUCUGGGUUGGAUUGAGCAUCGGAGGUCUGAGCUCGUUCUACUCGGAGCUGAUGAAAGGACUGGGCGCCGGGGGCCGCCUCUGGGAGCUGCUGGAGAGGAAGCCGGGGCUGCCUUUCGACGAGGGGCUGACCUUGAACGAGAAGAGCUUCCAGGGUGCGCUGGAGUUCAAGAACGUGCACUUCACCUACCCGGCUCGCCCCGAGGUGCCCAUCUUCCAGGACUUCAGCCUCUCCAUCCCCUCGGGGUCCGUCACGGCGCUGGUGGGCCCCAGUGGGUCCGGCAAAUCCACGGUGGUUUCCCUCCUGCUGAGGCUGUACGACCCCCUUUCAGGGACCAUCAGUCUGGACGGUCGUGACAUCCGCCAGCUGAACCCCGUCUGGCUGAGAUCCAAGAUCGGGACAGUGAGUCAGGAACCAAUUUUGUUCUCUUGCUCAAUUGCUGAGAACAUUGCUUACGGGGCAGAGGACCCUUCUGCGGUGACUGCCGCGCAGGUGGAGAAGGUGGCGGAAGUCGCCAACGCAACUGCUUUCAUCCGCAGCUUCCCGCAGGGGUUCAGCACUAUGGUCGGAGAAAAGGGGGUUCUUCUCUCAGGUGGGCAGAAGCAGCGGAUCGCCAUCGCCCGGGCGCUGCUGAAGAAUCCCAAAAUUCUCCUCCUGGAUGAAGCCACCAGUGCGUUGGAUGCUGAGAAUGAGUAUCUGGUGCAAGAAGCUCUGGACCGACUCAUGGAAGGAAGGACGGUGCUGAUCAUCGCCCAUCGUCUGUCCACCAUCAAGAAUGCUGAUAGGGUGGCUGUUCUCGACCGAGGAAAAAUUAUCGAAUGUGGGAACCAUGACGAGCUGCUUGCCAAACCAGACGGGAUAUACAGAAAAUUGAUGAACAAACAAAGCUUCGUGUCGGCAUGAAGAAGCAAUUGCUGGCCAAGUGAAUCCAAGAGACUUUAAAACAAAACAGCACUGCAGGGGGGAAAUUCCUUAGAGAGGGUAUGGAAUCUGUAAAUGAUACUUCGAGUUCUUUGAAAUAGGCCUAUUUUUCCCAAAGUAUAUAAACUAUUGUUUUGAGAUGAACCUGUUCUCAAAACCUUUACAGUCAGAGUUUUAAUAAUUAUAACUUUCUAAAUGUCUAUAGCACUGAAGUUAUUUUCAGGUUUUAUACUUUAUUUUAUCUUGGAAUAUUUUCAUACAGCAUGGCACCUCAUUUUUUUUUACCUGCUGUUUGAGAUGGAAGUUAUUGUCAAAUGACAACUUUAAAAGGGAAUUAUAAAUUAAAAGGCCUAAUUAUUUUAGGCCUGUUUGCCAAUCACUGUGUAAUUCUCUUGGUAGUAUUCUGCCCUCUUUGGGUCGAAUGGUACCGGGUUGUGUCAUAGAACAGUGGUCGGCAAACUGCGGCUCGCGAGCCACACGCGGCUCUUUGGCCCCUUGAGUGUGGCCACGAAGUUUCAAUCGCACUGUACGUGCGUGCCCGCACGUGGUAUUUUGUGGAAGAGCCACACUCCAGGGGCCGCAGUUUGCCGACCACUGUCAUAGAAGAUGAAAACCUAGCCGUUUAUUUUAUCCUCAUGCUCAUGAAGUGAGCCUGCGAGUCAUACAUACAGAGGUAGUGACUGUCUCCUGGCGAGAAGGGAACGUUCACAUUCUCCAUCCCCUGCGUCUUCAGAGGCGUGAGAGCGCAGGAGGCUGUGUCCCUCUGGGACGAGGCUGUGUGUGGGUGUGUGUGGUCUUUAACGUUUUGGGCACAUGAGAACCUGAUGAGUUUGAAAAGGGGAAGAGGCAGCCCCAUCUUUGCCCAGGAAAACUUCUGUUUUUACUACUCACAUAUUUCUCUCUGUGAGCCCCCUGGAAAGUGAGGCGUGGGCUGCCAGGCAUUAUCCAGAAAGAUGUAAAAAUGAAUUUUACAUGAUGUUGUCUAAGGCUUGUUCUGAAAAUUGUACUUUAAAAAUGUAUCAGCCCUAACCCAAAUUUGACGGCCUUUUCUCAGUUACUUAACUACAUUUGAAGUGUCAUUUAAUGAGGCUAAAAUCUGAAUAAUGUAACUGUAAUUUUCAACCUUAAAACAUUUGAAGAAAGUUUAGACCAGGGGUGGGCAAACUUUUUGACUCGAGGGCCACAAUGGGUUCUUAAACUGGACCGGAGGGCCGGAACAAAAGCAUGGAUGGAGUGUUUGUGUGAACUAAUAUAAAUUCAAAGUAAACAUCAUUACAUAAAAGGGUACGGUCUUUUUUUUUUUUUUUUAGUUUUAUUCAUUUCAAUCGGGCCGGAUCCGGCCCGCGGGCCGUAGUUUGCCCACGGCUGGUUUAGACGUUCUUGCUAUUCUACAGAAUAUCAAGAAACCUUAAGAACUUGUCAGUCUUCUGAAAAGAGGACAUUAAUAACUCUCUUCUAUUUAUAACUAUAGUUUCAUUCACCUGAACGCCUCAGCAUUCCUAAAGCAGUGCUGACAACCACCAGAUUUGCCAAAUUUCAUGUCAGUGCUGAUCACUUGCUCUUGCCUCCAGAAAAAGUGCUUUUUUUCUGCAUAGGUGACGCCAGACCUAAGAAGUAACUAUGUUGAGAUAAGUAAAAUGGAAGUUUCCUCCUGAACUAAGUAAUUGUUAGUUCCCUGGUUAGACUGGAAGAAGAAUCCACUAUUUCAUGAUAAGCAGGGAGACAUAUAAUUCAUUCUACAUCAGGGAAUUCAUUCAUGAAUAAGUGGACUGUGUGCUUUGGAUUGGUAAACAGUACACCUGUGACCAUCAUUUGAACAGACUUCACUUGUCGUCCCUGCACAGUGUGCUGUGAUGGACGGUGUGGUUCAGCAGCUACAGAGCUGGGCACGAGGGAAGUCUGUGCCACAGAAGGACUUACAAACCCGAACUUGAUCAUUAUGUGUCAUUUUCUAAUACAAGAUGUUCAGUGUGUCUUUAGGUUACAUUUAUAUCGUGGAUUAAAAUUUAUAGUGAACUUUA